AUGGCAGCUCAAUAUGGCCGUAGCAGCAGCUCAGCGGCCCUGAUGAUGCUGCUCGUUUGGAUUACGCUUAUAGGAGUGGCACAGUCCCAGAAUCAACCGAGGCUGAAAAUUUUGCCCGCCUCGUCCAUACAGCGGAAACCGGUUGGACAUUCGCUACUGUUGACCUGCCGACCAGAAGUACCGGACACUAAUCUGAUCUCGGAUCUCAGAUGGAACGACAACCGCAACAUGACCAUCCUACCGAAACCGAUGAACUAUUACUAUCCUCUGUACGAUUCGAAAGGUCGUAAGCUUCCAAUGAAAGCGGGCCAGUCAUCGCCGAUGAUCUACACGGAAUCGAUAGCGGGCGGUACGGCGUUAGCGCUAAUCUUUAACUCGCUGCAGGAGUCGAUGGCCGGGACGUACUUCUGUGCCGCUUCGUACUCCGUCACGGAAAAGCUGAACGCGGCCGUCGUGGUAGAAACUUACGUUGCCAUCACCUGGAAGGAUGCACCCACGGAUCAGCGUCCUCUGAUGGGUACGGACUACAUCGUACGUUGCGAAGUAACCGCCAACCCACCGGCCACUGUUGAUUGGCUUCGCAACGGUGACCAGAUCAAGUCCAGCGGACGGUAUGUGAUCGAAAACCGAGGUUUGCUGAUCAAAAACAUCACCGAGGCGGAUGAUGGUGUGUAUACGUGCCGGGCUGCCGUUAUGUCGACGGGUGAGCUAAAGAACCGUGAGAUAAGGGUCGAGGUGCAGAUCAUGCCAGAAGUGCAGGAACUGCCACGGGUAAUGGACGCCGUCGAGGGCCAAUCGUUUUCGGUGAUGUGCAACGCAACUGGCAAACCGGUGCCCGAAUUCCAGUGGGUUAAGACGGGAACGCAACAGAAUGCGGCCGACUUAGAUAGAUUUUCCGUCAACGCCAUCACUGGUCAGCUCGAUAUCAGCACCGUGGAACAGCAGGAUCAUGACAGCUAUGCCUGCAUCGCACGCAAUCCGGCCGGCCAUUCGCAGUCGGUGAUGAAACUUAACGUGCUGAUACGACCGAAAAUAAUCGAGUUCAUCAACAUUACCGUGUCGGAAAACGAGGAGGCAGUCUUUGUGUGCAAAGCGUUCGGGCGACCUGCGCCAGAAAUCACGUUCCGUCGCUACGGUACGGUCGAAGAGUACUCGAUAGGUUUGCAGGUUAGUGACGAUCGCAUCAUCUUGGAACAGUCGACGGACGAUGAGAAGGGCGAAACGCUCGGCACGUUACGCAUUUCGAAGCUCGCCACCACCGACGAUGGGCUGUACGAAUGUAUUGCGCGAAACCGUGGCGAUGUUGCAUUCAAAGUUGGACACAUCACCGUCGAAUACCGGCCAAUCUUCGACCACAUGAAGGCGCUACCGCCGGUAUACACCUGGGAGGAGCGUACGGCUAACCUGAGCUGCUUCGCGCAAGCCAUUCCGAACGCAACGAUCGAGUGGCGUUUCAACGAUCGGCGCGUGCAGGAUCUGUACGAUCAAAACCUGCGCAUCGAAAACGAGGGUCUGCGCAGCGAUCUGCUGGUAACGCCGCGCGACCGUCGCUACUACACCGCCUACAAAUGUGUCGCCCACAACAGGCUGGGCAGUGCGGAGCAUCUGAUGGAGCUGCGUGAAGCUCGCAUUCCGGAAUCGGUCCCGCAGUCGAAACCGCGCGUCGUCAGUGCGACCUCGAUCACGUUCGACAUUAUGGCACCGCCGGUCGAGCCCGGUUUGCCGCUGACGGCGUUUUCCGUACAGUGGAAGGAACAGAUCCAGAACGAUUGGAACUUUGCGUUCAACCGUACCUGGUCGCCGGACAGCCCGUACAUCGUGGAAGGGUUGCGACCACAGACGGCCUACUCGUUCCGAUUUGCGGCACGGAACGUCGUUGGGCUCAGCCAGUGGGGUGCGUACGUGCAGCAGUCGACACCGCGCCGUUCGGAGCCGGAAACGCCACGCAUCCUGCACACACCCAUCCAGGAUGAGGAGGAAGACAGCGAUCCAAUCGUUACCUCACCGUACGCGGACCAUUUCGACAUGCGGUGGAGCAUACCGGUGGACAACGGUGAGCCGAUCGAUAUGUACCGCAUCAAGUACUGUCCGGGUACCAAGGUGAACGGCUACUGGACCGAGAUGGAGGAGCACUGCCUCGAGCAGGACAUUGCGCGCAUGACCAACUUCGAAAUGCGCAACCUGCAGGCCGAUACCUACUACCGGAUAGAGCUGAUGGCGCACAACGCGAUCGGCUUCUCGAAGCCGGCCCACGUACUGAUGAAGACGGCACGAGGUAUCGACGUGGUACUGCGAGUUGACAGUCCAACACUGUCGUCGGCGGCUGUCAUUGGAAUCGUGAUCGGAUCGGUAGUGUUGCUGCUGAUCAUCGCUGAUCUGCUGUGCUGUGCGUUCGGUAACCUGGGCAUACUGGCCACGCUGUGCCGGAAAACGAAACGAUCUCCCUCGGAUCUGGACGAUGAAGCUAAACUUGGCAGUCUCUACGGUUGGCGUUUUCCGCUACCCUAUUGCAGUGGCAGUCUGAUCAAGGAGCGUCCACCGUCACCGUUACCGCUGCCGCCACCAAUCGUGAAGCUGGGCGCCACUACGCCAUUGGAAGACGAAAAGCAACCCCUCAACACGCAACCUGCCGCUGCCGCCUCACCGCUGAAGGUAAACUCUUCGGUCGAGUUCGAUGGUCGCGUAGUACACUCGCGGAGUGGUGAAAUUAUUGGUAAAAAUUCCGCCGUGUAA